UAUGGCCGAGUAUUUUCGGCUUUGUUUAAGAUGCCUUGAGAGAGAACUUCUAUAAAUUAUUAAUCCGAAUCGAUCUGUGUCUUCAUUAUUUAGUUAUUCCUGCGUCGUUGUUACCUCCUAACGCAUUAGCAUGCGAAAUACAGCAUUUAAAACUGCACCUUAACUGAAAUUUGGAGUUUGCCGCGUUUAGGGCAAUUGCAUUUCAUAUUUUCGAAUUACCGGUAAUUUAUGUUGUUGUGCAAGUGAAUUAUUUCUGGUGGUAACAUUGAAACGUUAGUUCGGCUGCAGAAAGAGAAUGAUUUUUCAAAUUUUGUUUUUGAUGCUAUUGCCUAAGGCACUUUCAUACACGUGUACGUUGCCGUACUCGGGACACCCAGCAUAUUGUCUACCUAGUGUACGCAUAGACUCUGGAUUAAUUGUUGGAAACUACCAAUUUUCAAGAACGGGCAAAAUAUAUAAUGCUUUUACUAGCAUUCCGUAUGCCAAACCGCCCGUAGGACAUUUAAGAUUUGCGGCCCCCGAAGAACCAGAUCCAUGGGCUUAUUUCUUACUGGCUACUGGUAAAGCUCCACUUUGUAUUCAGCGCAACUACUUAUUUAGUGACAAACCUGUCAUUGAAGGCCAAGAAGACUGCCUUUAUCUAAAUGUUUACGUCCCAAAUAUCCAUAAUGAUAUCAAUAGCGGCAAUAUGUAUAAAAACAAUAAUGUUGAUGCCUUGAAACCCGUUCUAGUUUAUAUUCACUGGGGUGGUUUCAUAGCUGGCUCGGGUAAUGAAGAUUAUUUUGACCCUAGUUAUUUUAUGGACAAAAAUAUUGUUUUGGUGACGUUCAAUUACCGGUUAGGGCCUUUUGGCUUUUUAACAACUUUGGACGACGAGGCGCCUGGCAACUAUGCACUAAAAGAUCAAGUGUUAGCAUUAAAAUGGGUACAGAAAAAUAUAGGGAGUUUUAACGGGGAUAAAGAUCGAGUUACGAUUGCUGGUCAAAGUGCUGGAGCUGGUAGUACCCAUUUACAUAUGUUGAGUCCUGCAUCGAAAGGUCUUUUUCAUCAAGCAAUAUCACAAAGCGGAAAUGCUUUGGCUGCUUGGGCUUUUUUGAAUAGCGAAGCUCAGAAAACUGUUACUGGGUACCAAGCGUCUUUUGUCGGUUGUGGAAAUUCAACAACGCCUACACGACAACUUGUUAAUUGUCUUCGGACUGUAUCAGCAAGUGAUAUCUUGCAAUCGCAAGACUACUUUAAGACUUUUUAUGCUGAUCCUCUAGUUAUUUUCACUUCCGCAAUAGAAACGCGAAGUGCACGAAACCCCAAUCCUUUUUUGACCAAACCACCCGUAGAAUACCUGGUAGAUGGGACAUUCCAAAAAGUGCCGUGGAUGACUGGACUGGUCAAAAAUGAAGGCGAUAUAAAAGCUCAAGGUCUAAUAAGGAACUCAAAAAUUAGGAAGGAUUUAAACGCUAACUUUCAGAACAUUUUAUCCAACUCAUUACUAGCACUCUCACUUAGUACUCAGGAUGUGGAAGGACUCUAUAAGAACAUUUCUCAGUUUUACUUUGAUUCCGGGAACACCAUAAAUGCUAAUAACCCAGAUAGUGUGCAGGGACUAGUUGAUGUUUAUACAGACAGAGUUUUCUCAUAUGCUUUAUACCAGUCGUUGUACCUCCAAUCUUUGCAAGGACAUUAUCCAGUUUAUAUGUACAGUUUUGAAUACGAAGGGGAAUUCACAUAUGGAGAUUAUUUUGCUGGGUCUGCAACAGAGCAAAUCUGUUUCGAUUGGGGUGCUAGUCAUUGUGACGACAUGCUGUACCUUUUCAAAACACCUGCAUUGUUUCCGAAUUUAACGAGUCAGAAUGAUAUUGCCUUGAGUAAUAAAAUGGUAGAUCUAUGGACUAAUUUUGUGACAUAUGGAAAUCCAAAUCCAGCACAACAUAGCGUACUGCCCCCAGAUGUCGAUUGGAGACCACUAUAUAUUAAUAGAAGUACCUAUAGAGAGAUGGGCGAUAGAAUCACUUUUUUAAAUAUAACAGGAAGCUUUGGCUAUGGAUUUAAGUUUGCAAUAGCGAGUGGCUUUUUCAAGGAAAGAACGAAAUUUUGGAUCGACAGCGAUAUCUAUGAAAAUCGUUAUACUAACAACGGUCAAUAGACGGUGUUGAUGGAUUUUCGGAAUCUAUUAUCUGACAAACGGAUCUAAAACAGCGGAAGAAAUUCAAGCAAAAAACAACAAUGUUGUCACGUUUAAUAAUAGAAAAGCAAAAUUGCUCGAUAUUACCUAUACAGGGUGCUACAAAUUCGAGGUACGAGCAUUGGUAUCUCGGUAACCGUAAUAGAUACGAUUUGAAAUCAAAAAACUAAUUACACUUUCU